CAGCAAGUUCAGUGCUCAUUCUGAUACAUAUAGAAAUUUCAGUGACCAAAUUGGUCACUAACUAACAUGUUAGGGAAGCAGAGCGAGCUCCUCCCACGCCUCUUUCUGUAAUUUGGAUUGGAAAUUACUCUUCUGAAGAGAUUCAUCUCGGUUGGGCAAAGGUUUCUUAAACCCUAAAAUACCUCUUGCCUCUUCCCCAGCUCGUUUGAUUCAAUCCCAAGAUGACUCUGGAAAUCGAAGCUCGAGAUGUGAUCAAGAUUGUACUUCAAUUCUGCAAAGAGAACUCGCUACACCAGACUUUCCAGACUCUGCAGACCGAGUGCCAAGUUUCGCUGAACACAGUGGACAGCAUCGAGACUUUUGUCGCUGAUAUCAAUGGCGGGAGGUGGGAUGCCAUAUUGCCUCAGGUGGCUCAGUUAAAGCUUCCGAGGAAUAAAUUAGAGGACUUGUACGAGCAGAUUGUGUUAGAAAUGAUAGAGCUUCGAGAGUUGGACACUGCAAGGGCCAUAUUAAGGCAAACUCAGGUCAUGGGAGUCAUGAAACAGGAACAACCUGAAAGAUAUUUGCGACUUGAGCAUCUCCUUGUCAGAACUUACUUUGAUCCUAAUGAGGCUUACCAAGAUUCAACAAAAGAGAAGCGCCGUGCACAAAUUGCCCAAGCGCUUGCUGCCGAAGUUAGUGUGGUUCCACCUUCAAGAUUAAUGGCUCUAAUUGGGCAGGCACUAAAGUGGCAACAGCACCAAGGGUUACUUCCACCUGGGACACAGUUUGACCUAUUUCGAGGUACUGCUGCUAUGAAGCAAGACGUAGACGACAUCUAUCCAACAACACUUUCACACACUAUUAAGUUUGGAACAAAAAGUCAUGCAGAAUGUGCUCGGUUUUCACCUGAUGGCCAGUUCCUUGUCUCAUGCUCCGUUGAUGGCUUUAUCGAGGUGUGGGACUAUAUGAGCGGAAAGCUCAAGAAGGAUCUUCAAUAUCAGGCUGAUGAAACCUUUAUGAUGCAUGAUGACCCUGUCCUCUGUGUUGAUUUUAGCCGUGAUUCUGAGAUGCUUGCUUCUGGUUCACAAGAUGGAAAGGUCAAAGUUUGGCGUAUAAGGACAGGCCAGUGCUUACGUCGCCUUGAACGUGCACACUCUCAGGGUGUCACGAGUUUGACAUUUUCACGUGAUGGUAGUCAGCUGCUGAGUACCUCCUUUGAUAACACAGCCAGGAUUCAUGGUCUAAAAUCUGGGAAAAUGUUAAAAGAGUUCCGCGGCCAUUCUUCUUUUGUAAAUCAUGCCAUCUUCACGAGUGAUGGGACGCGUGUCAUUACUGCUUCUAGUGAUUGUACAGUCAAGGUUUGGGAUGUAAAGGGUGCAGAGUGUAUACACACAUUUAGGCCCCCACCACCAUUGAGGGGGGGUGAUGCAUCUGUCAACUCUGUCCAUCUCUUCCCCAAAAACACUGAUCACAUUGUUGUAUGUAACAAAACGUCAUCAAUAUGUAUAAUGACACUACAAGGGCAGGUUGUGAAGAGUCUCUCAUCCGGUAAAAGAGAAGGUGGAGAUUUUGUAGCGGCCUGUGUAUCACCUAAAGGGGAUUGGAUCUACUGUGUUGGUGAGGAUAGGAAUAUGUAUUGCUUCAGCUACCAAUCGGGUAAACUAGAGCAUCUAAUGAAGGUUCACGAGAAGGAAGUGAUUGGUGUGACACACCACCCCCACAGGAAUCUUAUUGCUACUUACAGCGAUGACUGCACCAUGAAAUUAUGGAAGCCCUGAUUACUUUCUGUGUCACUCCGAUCAUGGAGUUUCGCUGAUGGAACUAAUUAGUUUCUCUCUGGUGGAUGGUGGCAAAGCAGAGACUAAUUGCUCUUUCACAUGAACAGUGUACGAAGGCUAUUUGCUCUUUCUCCAACUGCUUGCUCUUUUCUGCUGCGAAGUGCCAAUUUGAAUCUUCUGUAGGUGCUAAAAUGGGCUCUUGUGACUAUAGGGAGAAGAAGCUGAUUUCCAUAGGGAGCUGAAUCUUGUGUUGCUCUCAUCUAAUGUCUCAUCUUUCUUAUUAUUUUGAUCUGAGCUCUUGUACCAUUAUUUGCCUUUCUGACCAAUCCAAUUGUUGUAGCUAGCUUGACAUGAAAUUGUUGUUGGCAUCAUGUCCCUUAGAAGAGCCGUGAAGCUAGUUAUGAAGGAGUACUGGCCGUGCUGUAGGAUCCGCAGAUACUCUAUGUUAUUUAUAUUUGCAACAUCAUCAGUUACUAAGAUUUAUGGGUAAGGGUUAGGAGGUGUUUGUUUGAUGGAUUUGAAAAAUGGAGGUUUUGGAAAAUUCAAGAUUUAUGAUGGUUUGGAAUCCAAAUCUAGAACAGCUACUCUAUUGUAUCCAAAUAUAAACAAAAUCCAACUUUCGUCUGGG